GCGACCAAGCCCACUCCCGCUAAAAUACUACCACCGAAGAAAAAUGAAAUCGAAAAAUUGGUCAUUGCAUACAACAACCUUCAACGACAAGCAAUGAACACUCGUGAUAAAUUUCAUCAAAAAUUGGCUACGACUCUAAUGGAAAUCGAAGAAAUACGAGAAGAAAUUUAUAAUUUUGAGUGUCAAAGUUCCAUUAAACUUCAUGGAAUACUAGAAGAAAUAGAAAUUUGUAAUAACCUACAUUCGGAUUCUAAAGAACUUGCAAAUUACAUAGCAAGUUUGAGGACAAAAGCUACAGAGGAAGAAGAGGUUAAAAAUGAAACAUUAGAAUUAAUGCAAAUUGAACUCGGACUAUUAAUAAGGAAGUAUCUAGAGUUGGAAGAACGAGAGAUGAGGGCAUGGCAUAAAGCGUUGAUUGACAUAAAGAGAGUACAAAGCCAACUUGCUCGAGCGACUAAUUGGGCAUUACAGCUUUCGAAGAAAC